AUGUCCUCGCAAAACCCAGAAACACAAGCUGCACCGAAGCCAGUUGAGACAUCUCCACUGCUCGCUUCUGCCGGCCAGCCUGGAGCCACAGAAGCGCGAGACCAGCAGCCACCACAGCAACCACCGCAGCAACCACCACAGCAACCACCACAGCAACCACCGGCCUUCAACACGGACGCGAAGAUCUCAAACAAGAAUCCUACGACGCCCAUUGCACGUCUGCCAAAGGUUGACACAGACUUAUCAUGGGCAACACCCGCUGGCCUACGGAUGAGAGACAACAACGACGACGGCCAGGUGCUCCUCGUCUUCAGGCGGGCGGUCGGGAUCAAUAGCGACCGCGCGAGCACCUUCACGGACAGCGAGACGCUUGAGAAAGGGCGGCGGCACGCAGUUGGCGUGUAUAGGAGCGUCAUCCAGCAACAGCGGCGGAAGAAGCUGCAGCACCACACCCUCGGCGUCAUCCUCUACAUCUCCCAUUUUAUCCAGAUCAUCGUGGCGGCGGUGCUGACCGCACUUGGCCCCAACGCGAAGUUCUACGAGGUGCCUAUCACCGUCCUCGGCGCCGUGAACACGGUCAUCGCCGGUAUACUGGCCCUGCUGAAGGGGUCUGGGGUUAUUGAGCGGCUCUCCAAGGACGAGGUGGAAUUCCGAAAAUUGCAGGACUGGAUUGAAGAAACGGAAGCUAUGAUCUCGGUCGGGAUCUUGGGUAGGAACCGGAAGGAAGUUGGGGGCCUUGUGGAGCAAGCCUUUCGCAAGUACAAUGCCUGCUUUGGGCAGUCUUACGAGGUCAUGUCGUCGUCCAACAUCCAGGGGCUGAGCGACUCCUCCAGGGAUGGCGACAGGUAA